AUGGGCAUCUUCCAAUUCCCCACAGCUCCUCUGUUUCGACUCCUUCUGCUUCUCUCUGUCUCUCCCCUGUUUCUCACUGUCAUCAAUGGAAAGACACACUGGGGAGAUACAGUGGUUUUGAAGCAGGUGAAAGCCAGUAUUGACCCAAGCUCUGUCCCUCCAGGCUCCUGCUUAAGCUCCUGGGAUUUCUCCUCCGACCCUUGCGACUCCCUCUUCAGCGACCGCUUCACCUGCGGCUUCCGCUGCGACAUCGCUGAUGUCGCCGGCGACAGCCGGGUCACCGAGCUCGCCCUCGACCAGGCGGGUUACUCCUCCGCUUCCCUCGACUCGGUCUCGUGGAACAGCUUGCCUUACCUCCAAACCCUCGACCUCUCCAACAAUUACUUCCAUGGCCCGUUACCCAGCAGCUCGCUCUCCAACCUCACUCGCCUGACCCGGCUCGGCCUCUCGGGUAAUUUCUUCUCCGGCGAGAUACCCGCUUCCUCAAUCGCCUCCCUGACCAGCCUCGAAGAGCUCUACCUCGACCACAACAAUCUCCAGGGAGGAAUCCCUCCCGAAUUCAACGCCCUCGUAGGAUUAAAAAGGCUCGAACUCCAAUCCAACAAUCUCUCCGGUGAGUUCCCCGAGCUGGGUUCCCUCAAAACCCUCUACUUUCUCGAUGCCAGCGACAACGUCGGGAUAAUCGGGAAUUUCCCCGCAAUUUUGCCUCCCAAUUUGGUCCAAAUCUCAAUGAGGAACAACUCGAUUGAAGGGAAAUUGCUCCCCCAGAGCUUCCAAACCCUAACUUACCUCCAAGUCCUGGAUCUGAGCCACAAUCGACUCACCGACUCUGUCCCUCUAAUCCUCUUCAACAGCCCUUCCCUCCAGCAGGUCACUCUGUCCCACAACUCCUUCUCCUCCAUCGAAUCCCCGCCCACCCUCGCAACCCUUCUGCAGAGCGAGCUUAUCGCCGUCGAUCUCAGCAACAACGACCUCCGCGGAUUCCUGCCGUCGUUCAUGGCGCUGAUGCCAAAGCUCUCGGCUUUAUCACUGGAAAACAACAGAUUCACAGGAAUGAUACCGACCCAGUACGCCGUGAAGGCUGUUCUUCCCGGCGCCGGAGUUUCGCCCUUCGCGAGGCUGCUGCUGGGUGGGAAUUACCUGUUCGGACCCAUCCCGGGUCCGCUGAUGGGGCUCCGACCCGGUUCGUCGAACGUGAGCCUGCACGAUAACUGCCUCUACCGCUGCCCGGCGGCGCUGUUCUUCUGCCAGGGCGGCGACCAGAAAUCGCUGGUGGAGUGUAGGAAUUUCAGCCCUGUAAAGGAGGGAGAUUAA